AUGGCCUCAUUAUUCAAGUUGAAUACCAUCUCAGGUUGCCAACAAUUUGUCGACAGCCAGCCACCCAACGUAAUUGCAGAUCAAAUUCUCCAAGACCAACGUUCUUGCCGGGAUGGUGAUGUACCGUCUUUGGUAGUCCACUGCCUUCCUCCGCACACCGAUCAAAUUGCGCUUUCCAUAGGAGACAAAUCUAUACCCAUAUCCGUUGCGCGCAAACGGUUUUCCAGCAUUGUUUCAAUGAUUAAAUCGCACAUGAAUAAUCUUUCGCGAUCAUCUGGGAAUGUUACACCUCCCCACAUGAUUCCAUCUGAUGAAGAAUACAAAGCCACACUCAAAGUUUUAUCCUAUCUCCAAUUGCCAGACGUGGGACUAGCGGACUCUUCGACACCUCUGGAACAUGUACUAGAAAGUAUCAAAACCCAACUGCAGCUCGGCCCAUGUGUGCGUGAGGCUAUCAUGGAGCAACGUUGUAGAUCUAUCAAACGUUGCUAUAUGUGCUGCUAUGCUGUUUCUUCAGUCCACCCUUUCUACCAGUCUUUGUGCCUACCCUGUGGAGAAUUCAAUAUCACUUCUUGGUCUCUAUCUCUUCCCACAAAUCUUCAGCUAGCCGGGAAAACCGCCUUAGUCACUGGUGGAAGGAUCAAUUUGGGAUAUCAUACUGCACUGAGGCUACUCCGUUGUGGGGCAAAUGUCGUGGUAUCAUCCCGAUACCCUAUGGAUGCAGAAAAACGAUACCUACAAGAGCAUGAUUCGAACGACUGGUUGACCAGGUUGAAAAUUGUUGGUGCUGACUUCCGGGCAGCCAGUGAUGUUUUUGCUCUUGUCAACGCCGUCAUCGCAUGUUUAAAAGAAUGGAAUACAAAAAAUAAACCCAAGCUCGAUAUUCUCAUCAAUAAUGCUGCUCAAACCUUAACAGACAGUGUAGACAAAGAACGUAAAAACGUGCAAAGAGAAGCCGAGCUAUCUGAAGGAACAUCACGAGUCGUCUCUCUAAAUACACGGUAUCAGCCGCGUGUCAGAGGUGGUGUCGUCGGCCAGCAUAUUCAAUCUGUUACAGAUAUUCCAAAUAUUGCGCCAAUGAGCGAACAGACAAAUUCAAAGACAACUAUUGCCUCCCAGACCAGCUUAGAGUCAUCAUGGAUACAACGCAUAUCGGAAAUUCCAUACGAAGACGUCAUCUCCGCACACAGCGUCAACACAUUUGUACCUUUCAUCCUAGUUCGCGAACUGCUUCCAUAUAUGUCUGCUAACAGCUUAAAUGACGAAGACGAAGAGGUUUUAAAAUCCACCAAACACAAGCCUACCGGCUAUAUCGUCAACGUCUCCUCUCGCGAAGGAAUCUUUGAAAAGACACCUGGGCAUCGCGCGAAAGAUGGCAGCCACGUCCACACCAACAUGUCCAAGGCCGCCCUCAACAUGAUUACAGAGACGGAAGCUACGACAGCUUGGAAGAACGGUCGUGUCGCCAUGAACACAGUGGAUCCUGGCUACAUGAGUGCAGACCCCAUAUAUAUGGAAAUGGUUGGUAGAGCUGGUACCCCCUGCCCCAUUGGAUGGGAAGAUGGCGCGGGGAGAGAUUUAUGGCCUGUGGCCAAAGGAGAGAAAGGGGAAAUAAUUCGAGGACGGUUCCUAAAACACUUCGCUGAGAUAAAUGUGUUUCGCUGA